AUUCUAUUUCUAUACAUGUUACCGGUACUUGGCUUGGUUUGACUUGUUCUUGACGAAUAUUGAGCAAUCGCAUCCUGGUGCGAAGGUAUUGCUGGAGAAUGGUGCCAUCGCAAUUGCGCGGUCUAUGAUACCUGGAGCCCUCAUCGCCGUCGACAAGACGAUGGAAGAGACGUUCAUGAAGUUUUCAAAGUCAUCAGGUAGAUUUUCUGUUCUUUUCUCCUUGUUCGGAGCAUACCAACGAUGGUGCCGAACAACUUCGACCCGAGUCCAGUACUUUGAGAAGAUGCUCGAGACAUGCGGCAUGGUUGACGACCCUGACUUUCCCAAGGCUGGGAGGCACCGGGAACUGGAAAAAUCACAGAUCAAGAAGUCAGAGGAGGCGGUCCAGCGCACCAUCACUGGGAUUCGUAACUUUACCAAUCCCUUUGAUGUAACCGACAAGGAAAACCUCUACUGCAUUGCUUCUGGUGAUCCAAUCCCCCCCGAUGUGGCAGCGGAUGUGCUCUCUGCCGAGGCCAGAGGCAAAGAAGCCAAGGAAGCAUUUGUACAAGAGCGUUUCAUCGAUGGAUCUUCAGAGGAUCUAUUCUUCGAGCCUAUUAAACGACAGAAGCUUAAAACCAUGGAGGCGACAAACAAAAGCGUCAAGCUCACUGGCUCACAAGGAAAGUUACUGUAACACGUAUCAAUGCAUUCUCAGAAUUGAUGUAAGAGUCUUAAUUGUGUCUAUUAUGUGUAUUUUCUUCAGGUCCUUCAGUACAGAGAGCAAAGCGAUCUUGCCUUUAUGCUUCUUGUGAAAUCCCAAUUCCUGGAGGAACCAGUUGACCUAGAUGAGCUCAUGACAUAUUCACUCACGCCAGUCCCGCACAGCCUUGGCACUCCCGAUGGCUUCCUGAAUAAGGCCAACAAAGCAACGAUACUGCACUUCCUGAUUGACGAUUACGAUGGUGAUGCGCUCUAUCCAUCCGAGAAGUGUUUGUAUAUUCAAGAUGGAAAUGCUCUUUUCCACGCUCUUACUCAGCUUCCGCCGACAUUUGGCGAGAUUUGCCUGCAGAUGCUAGACCAGAUGGUGACGAAGAAGGAUUUCAUAUUUUCCACAGACAGCUAUCAUGAAAACCCCAUCAAGAGUCAGGAAAGAAUACGACGUGGAAGCUCUCCGAAAUACAUAGUUGACGGACCGGCGACAAGAAAGCCCGCCGAGUUCAAGCUCUUUCUGUCCAAUGAUGCCAACAAAGUUCAGUUGUGUAGACUCCUUCUACGAGUGUGGGGAAGCAGCGUAGCGGCAAGUCGCCUGGAGAAAUGCGAUCGUGGAAUCUUGGUUGUGGAGGAUAAAGCUUACGAAUGCGAACCAUUGAACGGUGACGUAACAACGCAUGAGCUCCAUGAACUGACAUCAAACCAGGAGGAGACGGACACCCGCGUUAUUCUGUAUUUGAAGUAUGCCGUGAGGAUGGGAUACGAGUCCGCCGUAGUCAGGACCCCAGAUACUGACAUCUUGUGCAUCCUCAUGCACUAUGCACCGUCACUUGAUGUCAAUAUCUACCUGGACAUCGGAACUGGAAAGAACCGUAAGCUUAUCAAUUUCAGCGAGCUCGCCGAGUCAAGGGGAGGCGAAUACUGCACAGCCCUCCUUGGUCUUUACGUAUUCACCGGCGAAGAUGCGACAAGCGCGUUCAAGGGCAAAGGAAAGGUCGGCCCUCUAAAGAAGCUCCAGAAGCAUCAGAAGUACCAAAGGUCGUUUAGUAAACUGGGCAUGGAAUGGACCUUGGAUGGCGAAACGAUGAUGAGCUCGAGGCGUUCACCUGCUUGAUGUACGGGUAUCCCAGAGAGACCUCGGUCAACAUGGUUCGCAGCAUCAUGCUGAGGAAGAUGAUCGGAGAGAACGAACGGUUGACAAUCAAGUCAAAAGUGGAACAGUCUCGCCUCCCUCCCUGCAUAGAUAAUCUAGUGCCGCACAUGCAUCGUGUCAAACACCGAGUUGCGAGUUACAAGCGUGCAGACCAAGCCGUCUUCUGGCGUCCUAAUCCCUUUGAACCCGGGCAAGGAUGGGAAAGAAAUGACGACGGCCUCUUGGAACCGGUGUGGUCUUGUGGCCCCGUACUUCCAACCAGUCUUAUUGACAUAGUCGAGUCCACUGUAGACGAAGAAGAAGACGAGGAGGAAGACGGCCCAAUUGAAUUCGAUGAAGCCUUUAGCGAUGAAGACGAGUAGAGGAAAACUCAAGCAAGUCGAAAAUUAUGCAAUUAUUAUGCUGCAUAAGGCUUUUUUCCUUUGCAACAACAUAAACCAGAUGAUUCAAAAGAUAUAUUUUGAUUAUCUAUAGAUAAUACGUUAUUUCGGGACAAAUUUAGCGAUUUUCCCUAAAAUUCAGACUCGGGUACCCUGUGGUUUUUUGCUCAAAUCUUUAGCCGCUUUCGAAGUGAUGGGACACGAUUUCGAAUUGGAAACAUCAAUAUCCUUUCUUGACUCCUUCUAAGGAUUACAAAUAUGUGUAUUAGCCGAGUAUCUCUUUGGGGUGCACGGGAAGCCUCCUUCCGACUAGACUAUAGUUUUGUCCUGUCUAUAUUCAACAAUCACAGGGCAACCAAAGGCUACUGUACCGUAUACCGUAUAUAUUUAUGGCUAUCAAAGCUUUAAAAUUACAGAAGUGCAUUAGAUUUUAACCAUUCGCUGGUGCUUCUUUAUUAGUUUUGGGCGUUUAAUGUAUUUUUUAGUUAAAAAAAGAAAUGUAAGAUUGAGCAAGAAGCAAACUUUGAUAUAUGAGAAAUGCAAAAACGGUGUGACCAAAAA